AACACACAAGGCAAAUGGAAGAACCUGAAAGAAAUACAAGUCGGAAUAGUAAAAGAGGAAACCUAGCAUCGUCAUCUUCAUUCCUACAUGUACCAAUGAUUAAUAUCGGAAGUCUCUCAGUCUGAUCGGAAGGGAAGGAGAAUCAAAAGCAACCAUCUCAUUCUCAUCGGGAGAAUGCCUCUACUGAAAAAUUGGAAUACACUAAAGAAGGAACAAAAUCUGACUACUUCCCACAAUUUGGGAAACAAAUUAAUGCUGGCCAGCUAGUAUCCACUACUUUCAAAAGGAUCAGAAAGGCUAAAGACGACUCUGUGCUCAGUAUGAAAGGGAAAUGGAACAAUUUAAAAGAGACCUGGUUUGAGACUAUAAACAAGAGGUUCCAUAUCAAGGAAAAAGUCAAGCAGAAAGAACUUCCCAGAGUCUUCCCGCUAGAAUCAUUCAGGAUUGGGAGGACCGGAAGCUACCUACAACUGGAUGGCCAGCUCUUUGUGAUCAUAAAUUCAGACAAAUUUAUUUAUUUUGUGGUUAAUUCAGAGAGAAAACCUGAGAAAGAGAAUAAAGACUUCAAACAUCUUGCAAAGAAUGUUCUCAAGAAAUUCCUGAGUCUUUCGAGCUAUUUCAUUCUAGAAUCAGCCAAUAAGGAGCUUGGACCUUGGGGAACGAUAGCCUUUGAAGUCAGAUACGAUGAAUUAUACGGAAUGGAAUUCACAAAUUCAUUGUUACAGGACUCAUGUCGGAUAGUAACCGAAUGAAGAAGCUUGAGGAAGAAGUCCUUUAACAAUGUAGUAGAUAUGCUCAAGUACUAUGAAAUUGAAGCAACUUUUGAUACAGAGUUGCAGAAGGAUGACCAAAAAGUAUACCAUCCUAUUUUGAAAAAGGACAAACACAACAAUACUAUUGUGUACUUGAAAAGACUUUUUCCUAAAUGAGAGAGUGAAGAAUUUCAGAAAUUUCAAGGCUGUGAGAAAGACACUCAGCAAAAUAUGGUUCAAAGAACCUUUGUCACAGAGCCAGAUAGCUUAAUAGAUUCUACUGAAAGUUGUAUUGAUACCAAAUUUGAAAAUCAGAUCCUUCUUCUGAAUACUCCUGAUCCUAAAUCUCGGAAGAAAGAUUUGAUUGAAAAUAACGAAAAACUAGAUAUCGAAGUGGAUUCUUUAAAAUCUGUAAUUUCAGAGGAUUUUUCAAACUGUAAGUUGACCAAAGAGCCGAUGUUGUGACUCUCAGAUUCCAAGAAUCCUCAGACAGAGGUUCCAAAGGAAGAACCUCCCAUAGAAAAUUUGUGUCUUAGUGAACGAAUAAUACCUAAUGUAACUGUUCAAGGAUAUUUUGAUGACCCUCUGUUGCCGUAUCGAAUGAGAGAAGUCAUUGUUAUGAAGAAAAAUAAAAAGUUAUUAAGACAUUAUGAAACUUCCUUACCCUCAUGGACAGUUGUGAUGGCAACUUAUGGGUACUAUCGUCCAUCCUUCAGGAAAUUCCAGUAUUGGUUUAUGAUGUUCAUCUCCUUGGUAUCAAUGAUGAUCGGGUUCUUUGAUCUCUACAAGAACCUUCCUAUAGUGAAACCAUUCUUGAAAUUCUAUAUGGAGUCAAUCUGGGAUUUCCUUGAGGAUCACGUCAUUCUUAGAAUGAGCGUGUUUCUUGGAUACUUAUUCACAAACACAUCGAUAUUCUCUAGCAUUGCCAUUAACUUUAUGCAACUUCCUUUGCUAGGAGCAAUCUGGAACUCGAUGGAGUACCUGGUCAUAGGCUUACAAAUGAUGACUCUCCCAUUCACCAUAUUUAAAGGUUUCUUUGCAUUGAUAUUUACGCUCUUGAAAUUUAUAGUGAUUUUUCCAUAUGCCCCCAUAAUGAGUUUGAUUUAUACUAUAAAGCUAUGAUUCCUGUUCUUCUGGGGCAUUCUAAAGACAUUCAAAGGAUUCAUAUCAAGUUUCAAACAACUGAUAUACGCUACUUCUGAAAUACGAAACUCUAAAGAUUUUCUGCAGAUGGUCACCGAGAUAUUCUUCCUGAUCACCAGAAGCUCAGCUAAGAAGUUGUUUGAUGGCUGUAAAGCCAUCUAUAACACCAUUGCCUACAUUGGAGCAGAGAUUGGGAAAUACAGGUACUCAAUUCUCAGAUAUCUUUACGAAAAAUUUGUAGAAUUCCUCUUCUCGAUAGAUAAAGUAUUCACUAAGCCUGGAAGACAAUGGCUCGCUACAAAAUUAGCACCUGAAAGAUUAUGGAAUUCCCAGAGGAAGAGAAAUAUGCUGAAUACGUUCUGGAAUGUAGUCGUACUGUUCCUCAUGUACCACUUUAUCACUGGGUAUCUCCAUGUGGUCUGCAGUCUCGAAGGGUUCGAGGAUAACUAAAAUUUAAAUAAACGAUAAAGAUUUAAUU